GGCAGUGUGCUGUGGUUGAAAGUGCUGUUGCUGUGAUUCUGCAGAUCAUUGUUUUUCUUCUUGCCAAGUGUGUAGCUGCCCAAAAAAAUUCUCCGUCGUGUAGAUCGGCCUGGUGCUGUUCUUUCCUGUUGCCAACAUGAGUGGUCGGAAGGUAAAAGCUGUGAACUCUGGUCGUGGUAGAGGUAGAGGCAAGAGAGGAGGCGCUCGUGCCUCAGCCGUAUUUGAGUUUCCCGACUCCGAUAGGGUCGGAACCACGUCGUCGUCAGAGUACGAAACGGCAGUGGAACACCAGCCCUCGGCACCCCCAACUGCAGCUCCACAACAGGCUAGUGCUGCUGCGUCCAAGGCAGCCACGGAGUUCGAGAGCGAGCAAGAGCUCUUGGGCAUGAAGAUCCGAAUGCUGGAAAGAGGCAUGGAAAGGUUGGCAGAACGAGGCAGGUCGCUGAAAAGAAGACGAGGGGGAAAUUCCCCUGAUGAAAGAUCAUCGUCGUCCUCGUCCUCGUCCUCCUCAGAGUCGAGCUCAAGAUCCCGCUCGCCGAGGCAAAAAAGAAAGUCCGGAGCACCCACGGAGCUGAACUGGACGACGACCAGCUAUGCAAAGCAGUUUGCAUUGAACGAGGAAUUGUUGGACGUCAUUGCCUCAAUGAAGUCGAAGUCAAAGAGAAAGAGGGAGAAGAGCAGCGAAAAAAGGUAGCACCGGGUGCUACGCUAGGCUGCUGGGAUCCUGGAUCCGAAGUGCCGGGCACCAGGUGCCAUGUUGUUGAUGCUGCUGUGGCUGCUGGUGAGGGAUAGUGAUCUGCCUGUUGAGACGCGAACUGCCGCCGAGGGGUAUACGGGGACAGCGCACAUCGUGACUAGCCAAAGUAUUCGGCGACCUCAACCGAGUCUCCUGCUCCUAUCAUGGAUAGGGUACUAAACCCGGCUAUGCUUUGUGCGUCUUGUGCAGUAGGUCUGCAUUCACCGCAUGUUCAAAUGGCUGCUGUGUGUGAUAGAGCUGGGUGUGCAUGCUGAUGCUCGUGCAAACAAAAUUGGAGCAGAGAAAUGUUUAUUUCUCGUUGGCUGAGCAAAGCGAAAGAAACGAGAAAUCUAGUUCUCUGUUCAUAUUUUUUGCACGUGCGUGCGGAAUGGGUACGAGGGCAGUGUGCUGUGGUUGAAAGUGCUGUUGCUGUGAUUCUGCAGAUCAUUGUUUUUCUUCUUGCCAAGUGUGCAGCUGCCCACCCAACCACCUCGGUCAACUGUCUUCUAAGUGUGCGCUGCCGUUAUCCGCUGUAGUGUGUGCUGCAGACUGUAGUCGUGUGACUCAUGAUGCUCUGGUCUAUAUGCCUGUAACUCUUCGCUCGGCGAGUUUUUUGUACUUCAAAAACGAAGUAGUAAA